CUGGAACUUCCUGCUCAUUCUAGUAGUCUCCACUAAUGUCUCUCGCGUUCCAAAAAUAUGGAGCCUUACAAGGUGACUACCACCAGACCCAGGUUUCACUAUCCCACGAAAUAAUCUCGUGCUUCUAUGAAGCCCUCUCGUAAAGUACCCAUAUCCAUAUACAAGCAAUAGCACGUGGGUGUUUCAUCAAACACCUCAGUCCAUUUGCACGCUGUACGACACAUGGAUUGUGGGGCAUCUUGCUUGCGGGGUGUGCAAGUGGUGAGGGGCAAGCAGCAGUGGACACGCAGAUCCCCAAGUUUUAGACAGCAGUUGGAGUUAGUCUAUAGCUGACCUGACACAUGCCCGAGUAAAUGUAUAUCUCAAAAGUUUAGGUACUUUACCAGUCUCGCCUUUUGACGUUCACUCUCUGAAGCCAGUAACACCUUAUUCCAGUUCCCUUCGGUCUUCUUCAUGGAGGUUCUAGGCAUACUCCAACAGGCGCUUCUCUCGCCUUUAAUAUUGAAGGCCUGUUUGUUUGUUUCUUCUCCUUUCCUCAUAUUGUUUACAGUUUACUUCUUCCUAGUUCCUAAUGUCCUCAAGGAUUCUCGAAGGCGCAAACUUCCUCCAGGGCCUAAGGGUCUACCCUUCGUGGGAAACAUGUUCGACCUAGCCGACACUGAAGCUGUUCGAGGAAAGGUCAUCGAUUGGCAUAAGCAAUACGGAGACCUUUUCUACACCAAGAUCGGCGGCACAGAUUUUGUUUGGCUUUCCUCCCCAAAAGUUGUCAAGGAUCUCAUGGACAAGAAGAGCAGUGUCUACUCUUCUCGUUCCCCAGCGCCUUUGGCGCAAGACGUUGCCAGCGCUGGCCGACGGCAACUCUUCAUGCCCUAUGGCCCACGCUGGAGGUCCAUCCGAAAACACAGCCAUACAUUGCUCAACCUUAACACAUCAGUCAAAUACCAGCCCGUGCAAGAUUUUGAGUCUAAACAGCUGUUGACUGAGUUCCUGGACAGCCCGAAGGACUUCUACCUUAUGAACCGGCGGUAUUCGGCGUCGGUCAUCAUGCUUGUCACUUAUGGCUACCGGAUUCCUUCUUGGGAAGAUCCCUUGAUUAAGAAGAUAUAUGAUGUGAUUGAUAAUUUUACGGAGAUGACCGCGCCGGGUGCCCAUGCUAUUGAUAGCUUCCCCUCACUUUCUUCACUCCCGGAAUGGCUGAUGGGUAAUUGGCGUACGUUUGGGAAACGCGUUUUCGAUCACGACUCCAGGAUUUACCUUGAUCUCUGGAAUCGGCUCCGACGGGAGACUGACAAAGGGGAAGCCCGAGACUGCUUUACCAAGACCUUCUAUCUCAACGACCCGGCCAAACAUGGUAUUGACGAUCUUUCAGCGGCGUAUACUUGUGGGGGAUUGAUUGAAGCUGGAUCUGAAACUACCGGCACAACGCUCAACAACUUCAUCUUGUGCAUGGUACUCUUCCCUGAUGCUCAGAAGAAAGCUCAAGACGAGCUCGACAAGGUGGUUGGCCCAGAUCGGCUCCCAACCUGGGAUGAUGAGCAAGAUCUGCCUUACGUGCGGAGUCUGAUCAAAGAAGUUCUGAGAUGGAGACCGGUCAAUAAGUUCGGGAUGACCCACGCUACAUCUGAAGACGAUUGGUAUGAUGGCUACUUUAUUCCCAAGGGCUCUGUGGCUGUAUUGAAUUGGUGGGCCAUUCAUCGCGACCCUCGGAUCUGGGAAAACCCAGAUGCGUUCGAUCCAGCUCGCUAUUUAAGCAGACCUCUCCCAGCCGCUGAUUACAUCAACGCUUCGGACCCUUAUGAGCGAGACCACUUCACCUAUGGCGCCGGUAGGCGAGUUUGUCCUGGUGUGCAUGUUGCAGAGCGAUCGCUUUACAUCAACAUUUCCCGAGUGUUAUGGGGCUUCAAUAUUACGAAGAAGCGUGGACCAGAUGGGCAGCUAAUCGAACCGUCACAGGCAAUGGUCAGGGGUUUCAUGUCGGUACCGGAGCCAUUUGACUGCGAAAUUAAGCCAAGAUCUAAGAAAUAUGCGGAGAUCAUGAGGCAGGCAUUCAUGGAGGCGGAAAGGGAGGGACUCGAUUUUUGAUUUCUGCAGUUCUUCCAUACCACUUUGUCUAUUGUGAUUAUUU